AUGGCGCCCACGAACCUCUCUCCGUGUCUUCUCAGCUCGCCCGAAGUGACGAGCCUCGGCUCUGCAGGCGACAAAUCCACUGCCUGGCUGACCAGCCAGGAGGUACUAAAUGCCGCGACCGACCCCAAGCUCCUCUCCACCAUCGUGCAGAAGCACCGCACGCCUGAGCAGAAGCAGCUCAGCGAAGAAGUCAAGGAAGCGGAAAAAAGCGAACCCCUACUCACGCCGAACAAGCACCGCUGGGUCAUGCUUCCGAUUCACCACCACGCGAUCUGGGAGAUGUAUAAGAAGCAAGAAGCUUCCUUCUGGACUGCCGAGGAGAUCGACUUGGCGCAGGACAUGACUCAUUGGGAGUCGCUCAACAAGAACGAAAAGCACUUUAUCAAAUACGUGCUCGCUUUCUUCGCUGCCAGCGACGGAAUCGUCCUCGAGAACUUGGCAGAAAAGUUCAUGGCGGAGGUUCAGAUCCCGGAGGCGCGCGCCUUCUACGGCUUCCAGAUCGCUAUGGAAAACAUCCACUCCGAGACCUACAGCUUGCUGAUUGAUCAGUACAUUCGCGACGAGAAGGAGAAGCUCCAGCUCUUCGACGCCAUCCACAACGUGAAGGCCGUCGCAGUCAAGGCGGCCUGGGCGGCGAUGUGGAUCAACGACCGCAACAGCUUCGCCGAACGAUUGGUUGGCUUUGCGUGCGUGGAAGGCAUUCUCUUUAGCGGCAGUUUUUGCGCGAUUUUCUGGCUGAAGAAGCGCGGCCUGAUGCCGGGUUUGACAUUUUCGAACGAGUUGAUUUCCCGUGACGAGGGUCUGCACGCAGACUUCGCCUGCCUGCUCUACUCGCAGCUGAAGCGGAAGCUACCCGACAAGGUCGUUCAGGACAUGGUGCGCGAGGCCGUCACUGUCGAGCGCGCCUUCAUCUGCGAAGCACUCCCCGUUGACCUCAUCGGCAUGAACAACCGCUCUAUGGCGCAGUACAUUGAGUUCGUGGCGGACCGGCUACUGACCUCUCUGGGCGUGCCGAAGAUUUUCUUCGCGACGAACCCGUUCGACUGGAUGGAGCUGAUCUCGCUGCAAGGCAAGACGAACUUCUUCGAGAAGCGCGUGGGUGACUACCAGAAGGCCGGCGUCAUGGCGGAUAAGGAGCAGCAAAAGUUCGUCCUCGACGCGGACUUCUAA